AUGGAGGAGCGGAUCCAACAUAACGAGAAACCCGCCGAGACACCAGACUUGGAAACUUUAGAUCAACAAACACCACGAUUGGAGCAGCUGUCUGUAUCCGAGGAAUCAAACAACACAGACGAGACUCCAUCCACCGUACUACCGGCGAAACGGAAAAUGGUCGGCGAAGAUGUGUUUACCCGGAAUUGUGUCAAGACAUGGCAGGCUUCACGCAUCAAAGCAUGGGAAGGCCGCUAUUUGAAUCCGGAAGGUUAUUACUACCGGUUUGUCACUCCUGGAGAGGGACAGCAGAAUGGUGGCUGGUCGAAAUCAGAGCAUGUCUUGUUCAUGAAACGAUACGAUGAAUGGGUUUCUCGUGGAUGGAAGAUUGGUGCAUCAUGGGGUUUAUUCAGCAAGGGCAUCCCACACAGAGUGGGAUACCAAUGUAUGAAUUACUACAGGAAGCUUGUUAGCGAAAACAAGCUUCAGGAUGAAUCUUAUGCUGUAGUGGAUGGUAAACUCAAACAAAUACAUAAGGAACGGGCACCUGCUGGAGAGGUUCCCACCACCGAUCUGGGACCUGAAUGGAAGGAGGACGAGGUCAAGGCAGUGGAGAAAGAUGUGGAUGCAUGGCUCAAAGAAUUUCAUAAUCGAAGCGGAUGGUAA